ACCUUGAUUGUCACCGGAGUAUCCUGUUUUUCCGAUUACGACAAAGAGCACAAGGUGGAUGUGACCGGUCAGCAGGAGAAUGCUCUCUCCUCCAUGGCACCUAAUCCUAUCUCUAAUUUUUUUGGUGUCCAUGCUUGUUUGCUCCGAUUUGUAUUUUCUCUUUGGACUUUUGAUUUUGAACAUUGUUCGUUAUCACCAUACGUCAUGAAACAUGUAAAAAAGAAGUGCAUACUGACAGUUAUUGUUUAACGUUCAUAUUUGUAUAAAAAUUACUUCAUUUUUAUAUGUAUUCGUUUUAUCUGUUUACUUGCACUUUAUUUUGAGAUUCACCAAUACCAGAAUGCAUUACGUCAGCUCGUCUAAUGUCAGCUAUUGAUGUGCCUGGCAGUGGAUGGAUUGACCAUAUCGCCAACGUGAAAAUAGGAAGAUUGUGGGUGAGUGAUUAUGACAAAAUUCUUAAGGAAGUCAACUUUGAAAACGUCAUUCAGACCGUCACUGAUGCCAGUUGUUCCUUUGGAAAGUUUGACGUCACCAGUGAAGGGUUCUUAUUGUACGUCCGUAGAGAAAAUAUAGGCAGUAGCAUUCAAAAGAUGACACCAGGUGGAAAAAAUGUUAUCAUGUUCACAUCAGAUUCAAAUAUGAUUAUGUGUAUUCACAGUUCCAAAAUUAACAUGGACCUCAUAGUAUGUGUGCACAAUACAACAAACAAUUCCGUUCAAUUGGCAAGGUAUGGCAGUACAGGAGAAACGAUCAGGGACAUUGCAGUGGACGGACUUGGACAGGAACUGUAUAAAUACCCAAUUUACGUUACGGAAAACAGGAACGGAGACGUUGUGGUUUCUGAUAAAGAGAAGAAAGCUUUAGUGGCUGUAGACAGCUUUGGGGGACAUCGGUUUGACUAUUUAGGCUAUCACUCCCAGCUUAGUCCCGGUGGUAUCUGUACCGACGUCUAUAGACACAUACUGGUGGCUGAUUGUCAUUUCAAUAAUUCGAGUAUCCACAUUCUUGACCAGGAUGGAAAAUUCUUGCUUGUGCUUUUGUCAACUCAAGAGUGUAAAAAUAUUCAGUUUUUAGCUUUGUGUGUGGACGACAAAAACAAUCUCUAUGUUGGCGAUGAGGGCAAAAAAAUUAAAGUUUAUAAGUACUUGAAAGACUGAAAAGUAUAACCAGUUCAAUUUUGUACGAUAAUUUAUCAUGUCUUCAUAUUCGAAUUUUUUUCUACAUAAGGGCAUUACUUUUUUGUUUGUUUUUCUUUUCUAAUCGUUAACAACUGCCAUCCAAUUCAAAUGGCCAGUCUUUAAUAAAAUGGCAGAUUUACUCUGUUUCUAAGCAUAACAUCAAAUGGAGAAUUAAACACAUGUACAGCACCGCCAUCAAGUUGACAAGAAAAGGCAAGCGUAUAUGAUGCAGGAUGCAUUAUAAUUACACAAACUUAAUUCUAUUUUACCAUGUCCUCUCCCACAGCCAAUCACAUUCAACUGCAGUUUUAAAGAUUGUUGUUUCCAAAACGAAAUUUAAACUUACAAUUUCAUUUACAUAACAAAUUUGAUUUUAAUUGUUUAUCUAAUAUUGAUUUCUAGUUUUAUGUUUUAACACACAAAUAACAAAACUAUGAUGUUGUUUACUUUUUAUCUAUUCUAAAAUGAAUGUUUUUGUGAAGAACUAUGAUAAUCUUCAGCUUAUCGUGUUAGUGUAUCAAACUACAUACAAAAAUGUGAGAAAUAAAUAACAAUUAAUGUAAAGAUUUGAAAGAGUGAGGAAAAUUAUAUAUUUUGCUAUUAAGUCCUAUAAGUUUAAUAGAUAGAAACAGUGUACUGCAUUCCAAUUUCAUUGUCGUAUUUUGUACAACCUGCCUACCA